CUUAUCGAUAAAGAUGGAGUUGUCGAGUUCAGUUUUGGAAGAAAUAACACUCGCAGGCGACAAUGCUCAUAUUUCAGACAAAGUUUUUAGCGAUUUGGUGAAGCAUGCGUGUCAGGGACUGCUGUCAGACAAAAAUAAGAACAGCGUGGCGGAUGAAGCAAUUUUUAAAGAUACAGAUAAAGGCAGUUUAAAGUCAGCCUACAGUGGAAUUAUCACAUUAUUAACAGAGGCAACCAAAUGGGAUGUUGAGUCAUCUUCCAUAGGGGCGUUAUUAGAGGACUGUAAAUAUACCACUGAUAGAAUCAACAGUUUUAAUAAUAUUUAUUUAUCCAAGAAACCUUUAAUACAGAUUUUAUUAGGAAGUAUUGGUAAAAGUCCACCCCACAUAGUUGAUGUAGAUUGGAGACUCGAUUAUUAUAUAAAGAAUAAUCAUCUUGAUAAAGUUAACGAACCAGUUUAUUUAAUUACACUUAAAACAGAGGUUGCUGGUCAAUCAGAAUUACAAGAAGUUCAGUUUUCAUGUUCCCUGGAACAAUUACAGGAUUUAGUUGGAAAAUUAAAAGAUUCUACAAAAUGUUUGGAAAAACUGGGGCAAAUGUCAUGAUGCUGUUCUAAAAGUAUUGUUUGAAUCAUGGCUUAUUUGUUGGAUCAAAAUAACUUUAAUGCACUUAAUGUGUAAAAUACUAGAACUAAAUUACUACAUUGUGAACUGAUGCAGUGAAUGAAUAUGUCAUUUGUGUUUAGAGAACACAAACAUAGCAUUAUAUCCAAACCCCAAACAACAUCAAUCUAUUGAAAUAAUAAAAUUAUCGUAAACUUUC